AUGGCGGGCAACCCAUCCUCACUCUCCCGGGUCGCCGCGUGGCAAGCGCCGCCGCGGGCACGCGAGGCCCAAGGCCGGCCCGCCCGAGCCGCGCCGGGCCCGAGCGCCCUCCGCUCCUGCCCGAGCUUCGCGCCGCCCGAGCCUCCUCGCCUCCCGCCGCCGGCGUCCAGCGCCGCCGUGUGCCCCGCCGCCCGGCGCCUCCGCCGCAGUCCGCUCGACCCCGAGCCGCCGCCUCUCCCUUCGCCGGCCACCGCGCCUCGCGCGCCGUGCGUCGCCGGCGACCGUGCCUCUCCGCCGCCAACCUCCGCCGCCACCGGCGCCUUCCUCGCCUUCGUGCCGCGGGCGCCGCCCCGCCUCCUCGCCGCCCGCGCCCGGAUCCGGCGGGAUCCCGGCCGGGGAGGACCCCGCCGGCUGGAUCCGCCGCCCCGCACUCCGGCGACCUUCCCCGUUGCUCCGGCCGCUGUCGCCUCCAACUCCGGCGUGCUCUUCGGCGAGAUCCGCCUCGCCUCGAAAUCCGUGCAGAAGCCCUAG